GUCAACAACUGGGCGCGCUUUUUUGCGCGACUUGUCGAUCACUCCACUCAGUUCAGCCGAGGUGUCUAGACCAGCACGAUGGGCGCUCAGCUUAGAAUUGCAUCGAUCCUGCUACUCUCCCUGGUGGUCCUCAGCAGUGCCCGUUACGAGCGUUACGUCUGUCAGGUGGUCGAGGAUGAUUGGUGCACGCUGCAGAAGAUCUACAUAACCUCCCGGACCGACCUGCGCGGUAUCCGCUUCCCCGACGAUCAAUACGAGAAGCUCCGCAUCGGUCAGCACUACGACUUUGCCGACACGGACAGCGUAAUCAGUGUGUUCUCCGGUGGCCUGUUCCGACGGAUGAGCCGCGUGCGGUACCUCCGCAUGAACGCCGUCCGAAUGCAGGGUCUGGACAUGCCCGACACCGUCCUGGAGCUGGACGUGUCCAACAACUGGAUAAGCAGGAUCUACAUCAACCCGGACCGAAGCUACAGCCUGCGGAAGCUGAAGAUGCGAAACAACCUGGUGACCAGCGUCGCCAGCUUCAAGUACCUCAACCAGCUCGAAGAGCUGGACAUGGCCGAAAAUCUGAUCCACCUGCUGAACUUUGAACUGUUCUCGUUCAUGCCGUACGCGCGAAACCUGAACUUUGCCCACAACCGGCUGCUCGAGGUUCGGCCCGGCGAUUCCGACCUUAUCCUGUACUACCUGGAGCGGUUGGACCUGGCCGGCAAUCAGUUGAGGGAGAUCGAUCUGCAACGGUGGACGUUCCCGUCGCUGCGCAUGUUAAACGUGACCGGGAAUCCGAUCCAGCGGUUGGACUACUUUGAGCUUCAGCGAGCGUUUCCCCGGCUUUGGCGGGUGACAUAUUGAAGAGGUGGAGAGGGUUGGUGACAACAUUGUUGAACAGUGUAAUAUUUUUUCCAGGAAUUUGAGAUUCGUUCUAGUGAUAGUGAUUCGAGCGUAGUGGCGUGAUCAAGCCGUUUGGUCGACGAAGCAUAUGUUGACACAAAUAUUCUAGUGCAAUUGAUGGUACUUUAGUGAUUCGUAAUGAAUAAUAUUUGACAAAUAACUGUUUUUAUGACCUUUUAUUGGAAAGUUUAAAAGAAA